GAGACUGGAACCAGCCCUGAGAGGGUGUCUGUCACUCAAAGGGAGCCAGGAGCACAAGGAGGGGCCCCCCCAACUGGAUGCAAGAGAAGGGCUGCCUCUUCUUCAGGGCCCCAGGGAAGCUGGUGAGGGCACGGGGCAGUGGCAGGUGAGUUUGUGGCUGGCAGGAAGGAUGGGAAGAAGUCUUGCCUGCGAGUGUCUCUUUCUAGGUGGGACAGGAGGCAAGCUGAUCCUCUGGAAGAAAGCUGGAAUGGGGGCACUUGGAGAGCUUGGGCAAGGUUGGAAGUAAGCCUUAGAAGAAUGGGGAGCGAGCGAGCAGACUGAGGAUGGCAUGAGGAUUGCUGAGCAGAUCGGCGGCCCCUGCUGAGGCCAGAGACCAUGGACUUGUCAUGGCAGCAGUCUGCACGGAUGGGCAAGUUUCUCCAGCAGUGCUCAGCAGUGCAGAUCAAGGCAAAGAGCUGUGGAGGAGAAUGAAAUGGGAGAGAUGCAGGAGAAUAGUGUGAGCCCAUCUGGAGGCAGAGCCUGCAGGCAGAGGGGACCGGGACAACAGGAGCCUCUGAAGCAGGCCUUGGACUUGGGGACCUGGCGAGCUUGCUGCCUCUGAGCUGACAUCGGGAUGUGAGCACCCUGGAAUCCCAUGCCCACCAUGACUCCUGCACCUGCCACCCUUAGGCCAGGCCUGUGCCUGCAGCAGAGUGAGGCCCGUCCAGCUUGGAAACCUGGAGGUUCCAGCUCAGCACCUGGAGGCCGCCCCCCUCCCCCAGCUGUCAGUCUGACCAGGUGGGGGCCAGAGGACUUUCAACACAGUGAGACAGCCAGAGCAGGCCAGAGGCAAGAGACCCCAGGAGACAGCGAAGAUCAGAGGCAAGAGGCCCCAGGAGUAGAGGCGGCAGCCGAAGCAGCAGAACCAGGACACCGUGUGGCCAGGCGGGUGAGGCUUGGCCAGGAUGCUGCUGGGCCAGCUCUGGAGAGCUAUCAGCAAGGAGCUGUUUGCUGAGUUCCUGGCCACAGGGCUGUACGUGUUCUUCGGUGUGGGCUCCAGUCUGCCCUGGCCCUCGGCGCGUCCCACCAUGCUACAGACCGCCAUCACCUUCAACCUGGUCACGGCCGUGGCUGUGCAGGUCACCUGGAAGGCCAGCGGGGCCCACAUCAACCCUGCUGUGACGCUGGCCUUCCUCGUGAGCUCCCAAAUCUCCCUGCCCCGUGCCGUGGCCUAUGUGGCUGCUCAGCUGACGGGGGCCAUUGUGGGGGCCUCAGUGCUUUAUGCGGUCAUACCAGGAGACAUCCAAGAGACCCUUGGGAUUAACAUGGUCCAGAGCAACGUCUCAACUGGCCAGGCCGUGGCAGUGGAGCUGGUUCUGACCCUGCAGUUGGUGCUCUGUGUUUUUGCUUCCACCAACAACCGUCAAGCAUCGGGCUCCCCAGCUAUCGUGAUUGGGAUCUCUGUGGCAUUGGGCCAUCUCAUUGGGAUUUACUUCACCGGCUGCUCCAUGAACCCGGCCCGCUCCUUCGGCCCUGCCAUCGUGGUUGGGAAGUUCACGGUCCACUGGAUCUUCUGGGUGGGACCCCUGACAGGAGCUGUCCUGGCUUCACUGAUCUACAACUUUAUCCUGUUCCCUGACACCAGAACCAUGGCCCAGCGACUGGUCAUCCUCAUGGGCACUGAAGAAGUGGAGAAAAUGACAGGGGUGGAGCCCGAGAAGAAAGAAUCCCAGUGCAGUUCAGGGGAUACUGAAAUGGGGAAUGCAUGUCAGGUGGUAUAGAACUUGGCCCCCACCUUCCGGCUUCUGAGAGGCGCCCUUUAGGUGGGUAGCAUGCCUCGUAGAACUAGACUUCAGGUUUUACAAGGAAAGCGGGGUUGGGGGUGGAUGAGGGCAGGAAAGACGGGGAGGCUUGGCCUCUUGUCCUAACAGGGUGGGCAGGGAAUGCCACUCCCUAUCCCUGGCAUUAUAUUUCUGGAUAGAAAGAAUCUGGGGAGCAAAUCUGUUCAGUUUCCUCCUCCUACAUCUCUUAAUGGGACAGAGCAGAAGGAGGCAGGGGAAUUCAUGACUGUCUUCCCCUUCUCUCAUCCAUCUGGACUCUAGUGGGCAUCCUGGGCCUCCAGACCCCCUUGUCUUGGGUAUUGGAGCCCAGACAGCCACUCAGCUUAGACACUAAGAGAUGUAGAGACCUCGGGGAGCCCCAACUUCUCACCCCACCCUUGGGGGGGAGAGCCAGACUUCCCAGAAGAAUCAGGCCCCAGGACAGUCUCUGAGCUCCUCAAAGGUAUAUCUCUGCUCUUGGGUAUGGUUUGGGGGCUAGGCACCUGCCCUCAGUGUGGGGGCUUCCUGAGGAUAGAGACAGCCCUUUCAAUAGAUCUUCAUUCCUCACCCCUCCAAAUGCUCAGGAGAGGACCCCGUCCUUGGGAAGCGCUGACACAAAGAGGAGCCUUUUCUAGGGCUGGCAGAGGGGCAGCAUAUAGGCAAGGGAGGUUUGGGCCAAACAGGCCUUUUCCAGGUGUUUGCCCACCUUCCAUCCCCCAUCCCCAUUCAUGGGAGCAAUCCAGAGAGGGGGGAAGUCCCUAUCCCAGCCCCCAGCCCAUGACCUGGGCCACAAGCUGUCUCCAGCCUCAUUCUCAGUUCUACCAAGAUCCUCAAAAAGCUAUUAAGUCCAAGGAUGGUAAGAACUCAGGAAUGACCCAAGAAACCAAGAUUUGCCUUCAGUGCCUCUGAAGGACUCCUAGGUCUCAAUUGGUUUGCUAAUAUUUACAAGCUGCUGUAAACAUACUCUCCCCAUGACUUGGGGUCCUACCUGGAUCUCGGCUUCCCCAGCUAUAAAAUGGGCAUAGUCCUCCCCCAGGGCCUGCUGUGAAAACAAGAGAUUGGAAAAUGUUUUUGGAAGUUAAAAUGCUUAAAAAACAAACAAUAAAUGAUGAUUAUUGUAGCUGUUACUGUAAUUAUCGGGUUUGAAUACAAUUGCUUUUGGUAAUGGGAGGGAGGAAGAAAGAAGAGAGAUGGGGGGAUGAUUGAGAGGGAGGGAAAAGAGAGUACAUUUUUCUCCUUUCAUCUGUUCCACUUACACGGGGCCCUGCCUCCUUCUCUCCUGGGUCUGCUGACCUGGGAGCUUUGUGUG